AUUGUGCUGCUGUUCCUCAGGAUUUUUUUGUGGUGUGGAAUUUUUAUUUUGGGCUGUUUGAAGCACCUGAUGUGAUGGUAGAGGAUGAUUUCUGUGGGGUUUUUAUGGGUUGAUGAUGAUUUGUUACAAUCCCCCCAGGGAGACCUUCAUGUCAAUCCAUGUGGGUUUAAAUUGGGUGUAGAAUUUGUGGGGUUUACAACCAGUUCCUGUUGUUUUCUGGUGGUUUCAGUGGUGCAGCUCUGCUCAGGGCUGACAGGACAUCAGAGGAAUCCUGCCACACUCAGGAGAGUGAUUUUAUCCUCAUAUUUUUAUAAGCACUUCCCCUUUCAGGAAUUAAACUGGUCCAUAAGCAUUUACUUUAAAGAUUUUUUUCCCCACCUGUUUCUCUCUGCUGAUGGCAGAAUGAGUUUCUUGGAAGGAGCUCAGGGCUGAUUGUUUUUCCCACCAGAUAUUUUCAGUUUGUCUCAGUGUCCUCAAUGUCUCAGUCCCUUCCUCACUGGCACUGUUUGACCUCCUGCUAUUUUGGGAUGGUUCUAAUAUUACACCCCAAGCUGUAAACAGGGUUGGACAUGGAACUCCAGCAGCUUUUUAGGGAGGACUGGGAGUCUGAAGCUGGCUUGGCUUUAGCUGCAGCCUCAGUAGGUUUGUGCCAGUCUCACAACAACAACUCUGCUGUCCCUGGAAUAUUCCAGGCCUUCCCCACCACUAAACCAUGUCCCCAUGAAUCCCUUCAGGGAUGGGGACUCCAGCACUUCCCUGUUCCACUGACAGCCCUUUUGGACAAGAAACAUUCCCUAAAAUCCCUAAAAUCCUGUCUGAAUCUCCCCAGCACAACUUGAACCCAUUUCCUCUUGUCCUGUGGCUUGGGAGGAGAGACCAACCCCACCUGGCUGCAACCUCCUUUUUGUUUGGUCAAAACCCAAAAUGCUUUGGGUUCCUUGAUCCCUCUGUGGCAUUCCAUGAUCUGGUGUCAGUCAGGAGCUGGAAUUCCACAACUGUGCAACAUCAGAAUCUUUAUUUUGUUUAUUUUCUCAUUCCCUGCAGCUGAUCACCUCUUUGUGCUUCCCUUUGGGGAAUCUUUUUGAGGGUUGAAGCUUUAAUUCUCAUGUUUGGAAAUAUCUGAGGGAUGUGCUGUUUCUUUUCCACAAAUGUACAGCAGGCACAGACUGAAAAUAUCCCUGCACCUCCCCUCCUGGUCCUUCUGCACAGAUCUGUGCUCCCAGUGUGUGGUCCAGGGCCCUGCUGACUCUCCCCUCUUGAUGGAAGAGCACGGGGUGAGCCAGGCAGAGCACAUGGCCACCAUCGAGGCGCACGCCGUGGCGCAGCAGGUGCAGCAGGUGCACGUGGCCACCUACACGGAGCACGCCAUGCUGAGCGCCGACGAGGACUCGCCCUCCUCGCCCGAGGACACCUCCUACGACGACUCCGACAUCCUCAACUCCACGGCGGCCGACGAGGUCACCGCGCACCUGGCGGCUGCAGGCCCUGUGGGGAUGGCAGCAGCCGCAGCCGUGGCUACGGGCAAGAAAAGGAAGCGGCCGCACGUGUUCGAGUCCAACCCGUCCAUCCGCAAGAGGCAGCAGACACGGCUGCUCAGGAAGCUCAGGGCCACGCUGGAUGAGUACACCACCAGAGUGGGGCAGCAGGCCAUCGUGCUGUGCAUCUCACCCUCCAAACCCAACCCUGUCUUCAAAGUGUUUGGUGCUGCACCCUUGGAGAAUGUGGUGCGCAAGUACAAGAGCACCAUCCUGGAGGACCUGGAGUCGGCGCUGGCCGAGCACGCCCCGGCCCCUCAGGAGGUGAACUCGGAGCUGCCACCCCUCACCAUCGAUGGCAUCCCUGUCUCCGUGGACAAGAUGACCCAGGCACAGCUGAGAGCCUUCAUCCCUGAGAUGCUGAAGUAUUCCACAGGUCGUGGGAAGCCAGGCUGGGGCAAGGAGAGCUGCAAACCCAUCUGGUGGCCCGAGGACAUUCCCUGGGCCAACGUCCGCAGCGACGUGCGCACGGAGGAGCAGAAGCAGAGGGUGUCCUGGACCCAGGCCCUGAGGACCAUUGUGAAGAACUGCUACAAGCAGCACGGGCGCGAGGACCUGCUGUACGCCUUCGAGGACCAGCAGACCCCGCAGACCACGACCACGCACAGCAUCGCCCACCUGGUGCCCUCCCAGACCGUGGUACAGACCUUCAGCAACCCUGAUGGCACCGUGUCCCUCAUCCAGGUUGGCACUGGUGCCACGGUGGCCACGCUGGCCGACGCCUCCGAGCUGCCCACCACGGUCACGGUGGCACAAGUGAAUUAUUCUGCAGUGGCUGAUGGAGAGGUGGAGCAGAACUGGGCGACGCUACAGGGCGGGGAGAUGACGAUCCAGACGACGCAGGCCUCGGAGGCCACGCAGGCGGUGGCCUCGCUGGCCGAGGCGGCGGUGGCAGCGUCGCAGGAGAUGCAGCAGGGAGCCACUGUCACCAUGGCACUCAACAGUGAAGCCGCUGCCCACGCCGUAGCCACGCUGGCCGAGGCCACCCUUCAGGGAGGGGGACAGAUUGUCCUGUCUGGGGAGACUGCAGCAGCAGUGGGGGCACUCACUGGAGUCCAGGAUGCCAAUGGGCUCGUGCAGAUCCCGGUGAGCAUGUACCAGACCGUGGUGACCAGCCUGGCGCAGGGCAACGGGCCGGUGCAGGUGGCCAUGGCGCCGGUGGCCACCAGGAUAGCGGACACUGCGGUCACCAUGGACGGCCAGGCCGUGGAGGUGGUGACCCUGGACCAGUGACAGCACCAGUGACAUCCUGCUCCCAUCUCCUCACCUCUCCAGGUUUUUUUUUUUGGUUUUUUUUGUUUUUUUUUUUCUUCUCCAGAGAUGCAAUCAGGUGGCAUUUUGAGUCUUUUUUUGGAAACGAAUUUUUGGUUUUUUUGUUGUUGAUUUUUUUUUUUAAUGAGAAAAA